AUGACGGCUUUGGGAUCACAAGCAGAUGCUUUGGGGCCCGCUUCUGCUUCCGCACAAACAUCACACAGGCAGCUUCUACAGGGCACAAGUAGCAGUCUGAUCUUCACUGUGCAAGAGGACGGCCAGGCAGGUGCUUCUACACAGGAUGAUGUAGCUACGUGGUCACCAGGUUCAAAAUCACCACCGCACAUGAAGUCUAACGCGAAACCGCUGGAAGAUGCCCUUGCCUUCGAGCUCCGCACAUCUUGGACGGAUGCUGGAGAUGGGAGCGGAAGCCCACGCAUGCUCGGGAAGCGAAGGGCGGCCAGCUUGACAAGCCUGUGCUCUCAGCAGGAGGGCCUGGACUCCAUGGACUUGGCGGAAACUGGAAGUCGGAUCGCCGCAAAGCCUCGUUCGCUGGUUCUUGCACCGCAUCAACGUAUCCGAUUGCUGUGGAAUGUGCUGUCAGCGACCUUUAUACUCUGUGAGCUGGUUCUGAUCCCACUUCAUGCCUUUGAAGACAUCUGGCCUCGGAACGAGAUGAGCAUUUUCAGCGUGUGCGAGUUGAGCGUUCACGUCUUCUGGAAUCUCGACAUGCUCGUGACCAUGCGGACGGCAGUUUUCUCGCAUGGGCAUUUGGAUUUCCGACAGUCUGUCAUCCUCAAACAGUACCUGAUGGGGUGGUUUGCUUUCGAUGCGACAUACGUGGUGGUUGGAUGGGCCGCAAUAGCUCUGAACUUACCGGCCCUUCGCCAGAUACAAGUGGUGCUACUUUGCUUGCGGCUUUUCCGGCUGAGCAACACCGUUUCGGCACUGUCAGGACACGUGAUGUCAGACCUGCUCGUCGCAAAGCUGAACAUUGUGAGUGUCUCUGUUCAAAUCUUGCUCAUACAGCAUUGCAUGGCUUGUUCCUGGUACUAUGUCGGCGCUGCCAAUGUGGCUGACGGAUGGGUCGCAAGGACCGGUGCGCAUCAAAGAUCGUUCGCUUACAAGUACACCGCAUCUCUCUAUUGGAUGUUCUGCUGCUUCGGCUUUGGUGUCACCGAAACAGAUCCGCAAACAGACUUGGAGAUUCUCUUUGCCAUUGUGGCUGCAGCUGUGGCACUUCUCAUCUUUGCUGUGCUCUUGGGAACCAUCACAAGCAACAGCGCAAAGCUGAGCAAGGUUGCGGACGAGCACCGGGAGCACUUCAGACAGCUGAGACGUUUCCUUGCACAUGCCGGAGUGGACGCUAGCCUUCGGCUACGUAUAACACUGUUUUUGGAGCGUGCGUAUGCCAUGAAUCAAGAAGGUCGUCCCGAGUCUGAGGUACCUGUGCUGCAGCUCCUUUCGAAACCAUUGAAGCGUGAAUUGCAGUUCGCUAGAUACGAGACUCAGCUACGAGAAGUUGGGUUCUCGAAAUAUCUGCUAUCCCUCAGACUGGACGGCAAUGAACCUGACAUGCUGGUGCUGGAGUACCUGGCCACCCGCGCAAUUUCUCAGGCCAGCUUUCCGGCAGGUGAGGCUGUCUUUGAAUCGGGGGCAGUUGCGCGUGCAGGCUAUUUCGUGGUCUUUGGAGAUGUGCUAUACAAAGCGAACAUGAGUCGCUCAAGAGUUCCCAAGGGCAGGUGGAUCAGUGAGAUGACUUACUGGACGCCUUGGUGCCAUUGUGGUGAUCUCGUUACAAAGACCGAGUCCAACCUCCUAAGCCUGCUCGAGUCCGAGUUCUCGGGUUGCAUAGAGCGCUUUUGGGAUAUAUACUCCUGCGCACGAGCAUAUGCGAGACAGUAUGUGAACUCCAUGAACGAACGGGGCAACGUUACAGACUUGUGGCUGUAUCGAAGCGCUUCGAAGAGCAGCUCCAGCGGCACAGUUGCUGCGAAGCCCACGGCCUUUGCGCGGCUGUUUAGCAACUUCGUGUCUAGCGUGGCGCAAGGUGAAGACAAGAUCGUGCCAGUCGACAUGCAGUAG